AUGGAUGACGAAAGUGUUAAUAAUCAAGUGCAUACUAACAAGUUAACUCAAUUACUUUUACUGGAUGAUAUUAAAGAUGAACAAAUGUUUGAGAAUGGUGAUGAUGAUCAAAAUCUAUAUCAUAUGUGUACUGUUUGUAAAAUUGCCAUAACUGAUCAAUAUUAUUUACGUGUUGGUUCAAAAAUUUAUCAUGAAUCAUGUUUACAAUGUGCUAUUUGUCAAAUAGCACUUGAUAAACAACAAACUUGUUUUUUAAAAGGUUUACAAGUUUUAUGUCGACAAGAUUAUUACAAACAUUUUGGUAAUAAAUGUUCAAAAUGUGGUCGACAUAUUCAACCAAGUGAUUGGGUUCGUCGAGCACGUGAACAUGUUUAUCAUUUAGCUUGUUUUGCAUGUAAUACAUGUAAACGACAAUUAUCAACAGGCGAAGAAUUUGCUUUACAAAGUAGUCAUGUUUUAUGUAAAACACAUUUUAUUGAUCCAAAUGAAACAAAUGAAGGAAAAGAUGGAGAUACAAAACAAGGUAAAGCUAAACGAGUACGAACAACAUUUACAGAAGAACAAUUACAAAUUUUACAAGCUAAUUUUGAAGUUGAUUCAAAUCCAGAUGGACAAGAUCUUGAACGUAUUGCUCAGAUUACAGGAUUAAGUAAACGUGUGAUUCAAGUAUGGUUUCAAAAUACUCGAGCUCGACAGAAGAAGCAAGAAACAAAUCAUCGAAGACGAAAUACACGUAGCAGUAGCAGCAGUUCAAGUUCCAACAAAAGUGGUGAUACCUUAACUAAAAGAACAACACAAAUAUGGUUUCAAAAUGCUCGUGCUCGAAUGAAAAAAAAACCAUGUGCAACAACAAGUUCACCACCUACAUAUGCAACAUUAACAAAUAAUAAUAAUAAUAAUCUUAAUCUUGUCGAUACACUUCAUUUAUCAACAGAACAACAAAUAGAUCCAAAAUCAAAUCAACAUAUGAAUCAUUUACAAUGGUCAUCAUCACAAACAUCACCAGCGUCAUCAUUGAUUUACGAUGGUGAAAAUAGCAAUGAUGAAUAUUCUACUGGAUAUAUAUAG